CAGAGCCCCACAGCCAGCCACAGGCUGCGCGAAUGCGAGCUGGGAAGGAGCGCUUCGCCCGCAACUGACAAAGGAUGGGAGGAUGCCUGAGCUUCGGGAGGCUGGGAGCGCGCAGCCCUGCGGUCCCCUGAGCGCUUUUGCCCUCCAUGGGUUUUCAUGUGUGGUGGCCAAGGAGCUUGAACCUGUGUUCUUCAGCAUGGUGGAGUAUGCACUCUUAUCUGAGCACUGUUCAGCUCUGGUUUAUGGUGGUGCAGGGGAUUGAACCUGGAACUUUGGAGCCUCAGGAAAUGCACUCAAGAAGAGUUUUGAGAGAACAUCCUUAAUUGUCCUGCUGCGAUUAGACAAAGCACUCCAGUUAUUUUGACAAAGAGAAAAAGAGAGAGGAAGAAAAUAAGGUGGGAGAGAAAAAGAGGUACAGUUAAGCACUGUUUCAUCACUUGUGAAGCUUCCUCCUGCAGAAUUGAGCUGGGCAAAGCAAGGAUAUGAACAAUUGUGCAGGUGGGCAAGGAUAUGAACAAUUGUGCAGGUGAGAUAAAGCAUCCAAUCAGGGAUUGGCAACCUGCAACCCUGCCAAUAUGCCCCUCCAGCAGAUUUCCAUAAUCCCAGCACGGGAGACUGCCAGCAAUGGGAGAAGUUCAAUGGGCAGAAACAAAGAGAAGAACAAGGAAGUUGAGAAUUUCAGAAAUUGAAAAGGGCUAAGAGGAAGGAGAAAAAUGCUGGGCUGGUGUGAAGCGAUAGCCCGUAACCCUCACAGAAUCCCAAACAACACGCGAACACCAGAGGUCUCAGGGGACUUGACUGAUGUCUCACAAACCUCCACAUUGAAUGACAAAUCUCCAGGGAGGUCUGCCAGUCGAUCAAGUAAUAUUUCAAAAGCAAGCAGUCCAACAACAGGGACAGCUCCCAGGAGUCAAUCAAGGUUAUCUGUCUGUCCAUCUACUCAAGACAUCUGCAGACCUGCCAUCUUGCAUGAUAUGUCAGAAGACACAUAUGAGCAAUGCACCCCUGUCAUAGUGCUGAGCCCUACUAGAAAGGAAUCUGGUAAGAAAUCAGUAAGACAAAGGACUAGGAGGAGGCGAAGGGCCUCUGAGAGAUAUGAACAUGCAGAAGAACAAAUGAAAGGAAGAAGGAAUGAUUUUCACCUCCAAAUUGCAAGACCCAGAUGGAGUGACUUUGAUACAGGUUCUUCAGAUGCAUCAUCCUCAGAUGAGAAUCACUGGAUUCAAGUAAGAAAGAGAGCCCAUGUUAAAUUCCAGCUCUCUCGAAGAAAAAGGAGAAAUUAUAAUAAACCAUGUGGAAACUUGGAGGGCUCUCCCAUUGCCAAUGGAAUUGAACUGGUGAAUUUGAAAUCCAAAGGUAAACAGAAACAAGAGCGAGUAGAAUGUGAGAGCUGUUCUUUGAGUAAUCACAAAGGAAAAGACAAACAGUGCCAAGAAUGUGGUUUUCCUCUGCCAAGAGGAUCCUUGCAGAUGAAGAAAUCUUCAAGAAACCCUGAGGCAAGCCAAGAUGGAUCCCAUCACAGAGAUCUUCAACUCUUGCAUCGUCUUAAGCAAAAUGAAAUAGGCGUGAAACCAUUUUUAGCAACAGGUUCCAGCACUGAAAUGCUGGCAGCAACAGAAGGUGACAAGGAUGUGGAUGGUGCAGGGUUCCAGCUGACUAGUUCUUUUCAGACAGCACCUGCCACCUACAAUGAGGGUUCAGAUGAUUUAAAACUGUGCAGGAUAUGUCACUGCGAAGGUGAUGAAGAAAGCCCCCUCAUCACACCCUGUCGCUGCACGGGCACCCUGCGCUUUGUCCACCAGUCCUGCCUCCACCAGUGGAUCAAGAGCUCAGACACACGCUGCUGUGAGCUCUGCAAAUAUGAUUUCAUAAUGGAGACCAAGCUCAAACCCCUGAGGAAGUGGGAAAAACUACAGAUGACCACGAGCGAAAGGAGGAAAAUCUUCUGCUCCGUCACGUUCCACGUCAUCGCCAUCACCUGUGUGGUCUGGUCUUUGUAUGUGUUAAUAGAUCGGACUGCAGAAGAAAUCAAACAAGGCAACGAUAAUGGUGUCCUCGAAUGGCCGUUUUGGACAAAACUGGUUGUGGUCGCCAUCGGCUUCACAGGCGGUCUUGUCUUCAUGUAUGUACAGUGUAAAGUCUACGUUCAGUUGUGGCGCAGGCUGAAGGCCUACAACAGGGUGAUCUUUGUACAGAAUUGCCCAGACACUGCCAAAAAACUCGAGAAGAACUUCUCAUGUAAUGUGAGCACAGACAUCAAAGAUGCCGUUAUAGUGCCUGUAUUACAAACAGGUACAAAUUCACUUCCAUCUGGAGAGGGAGGCCCCCCUGAUGUUAUACCAGUGUGAUGCAAUCGACUGGGAGUUUCUUCACAGAAAAAUAUCUUUCUAGCCCACAGCCACUACAAUGACAGAAGUGAUCCUGAAUGAAUUCACUCUUUAUCUUCCCUUUCUCCUACUGGCUUGUGUUCCAUUACUUGACUCAGAAAGAGGAAAAAGAACAUACAUGACCAGGAUCUCCUGAAGCAGAGUCUAAAGUGGGAUUGCAUCUAAAGGUGAAACUGGUUUGCUAAAGGAUGAGUUCUUAAGACAAUUAAGAAUAACUGCAGCCAGGGAUGCUGUUAAGCAGUGAUGAAAGACUAAGUGAACAGAUGAUAUUCUUCAGUCUAGUAGGGGAAAAUUCAAGAACGCAGACUUGAAUGCAAUGUGGAUUUCUUCUAGGGCCUCAGUGUUAACUAGCUCAUCUGGAAUUAACACACAUACUUGAUACUGAGCUUGAAAUUGUCUGCAUUAUCCCUGUGGCACAGCAGAAGUGAACUUGGCGGAUGCAUAUUUUCAUAUUCCUAUGUUGACAGCAAACACAUUUUUAUGGCUACAGUGGAGUCCAGCUGUUUUGAUAGAUGCAUGUUUUGUAAAAGAUGCAAUACACAUUUGAAACUAUUACAACUUGGAAUUAAGUUUAAAUCAUGAACAAGAGAUUUCCAGUGGUAGUUUGGGUUUAACUGACUUUGUGAUAUGCCUACAUAAGUUGAAAUCAACUAUCAGGUCUUACAUUUACCAGUUUCUAAAACAGAGCUCUCCAGUAGAAAACUAACAUGAUCCAUGAAUUCAGGCCACAUAUGUAAAUUUAAAAUUUUCUAGUAGAUCCAUUGAAAUAGAUAGACAUGCAUAAGUAAGAUUCCUUUUGAUAAUCUAACACUAUCAUUUCAAUGCAUCAAAAUUGAGAUCUUACAUCUUUAUACAUAAACCAAUUUUUCAAAUUUCAGUAUUUCAUCCUUAUACCAUUUCUCAGUUUGAACUAAUCACUCUGAGGAGUAUAGCCCUAAAAUCACACCAAACCUCUGCUUUGUGUAGCUCUGAAAUGUUUCCACACAGAAUUGUAUUAUUAAAAAGUACACAAAUGUUAUUUUACAAAGCGCGCUAAUCAUAUCCUUAUUAAAGAGUCCAAAGUUACCAUUUUUCAAAGUUACCAAAUAGUAAAGUACAAAAAGACAAAGUGCUGAAAUUGUUUGCUACUGCAGACCAUUUGUGAGAAGGAAAAGGAAAAGAAAAAUGUUUGUUAAGUCAAAUGUGUAAGGCUUUCUUUAAUCUGUAAAGAGCUAUCAACUUGACAAAUGAGUAGUUAUGACCAAGCAUUUAAAAUGUAUUUUAAGAAGCUGACAGGAUUUCCUUGUUCAGCUGGGAAGCAAAACACACUCAACAGAUUCUGUGAUAAGUAAUAAAUUGAGUUGUUUAGGUUUGGCAGUUCAGUUGAUUAUUGUGUUCUUUGCAUAUUCAUGUAAAACUGAAGUGUGAAAGAUGUUGCAGUGAGUUAGAUUAAUCAUUAUAGGUAUAGUUGCCUGUCAAAGGAAGAUGUCUUACAUAAAAAGGGGUGAUUUAUUUUUGCUAGCUGUCAUAUUUAUUAUUGUGAAAAGGCAACAUGAUGGCCAUAAGAACCAAAGCAUGGGUAUCGCAUUGCACAAAUCUUGAGUGUCAAUUGAGAUGCACUUUGUAAUUUUCAGUGUGCUUGUUCUUCACGAAUUACCAUAGUAAAAAGGAAACAGAAAUCACCUGUUCAUGAGAAAGGUGAUGAGUAUUAAGUAGUGGCAGACAGUGAAUCCAAAUAGUCCCAAUUCUUAGAAAUAAAGAAAUACAAUGUCAA